AUGGCGACGAACUCGAAACCUGGAUACCACCCAUCAGAACCUACUGUGGGUGAGGGCAAACGAAAAACCCCAGGCCAUAUCUUAGCGAGUAUAUCUGAUGUACUCAACAAGAAGCAUGAGGUUAUGCCUACAGCCAGUGAGAUUAUGGCAUCAUUACAGGAGAUGUUCGGGCAACUGUUAUCUUCUGUUAGACAUGAAACCAUCAAUUAUGUUUAUGUAACUCGCAUGAAAGAUGGAACCAACGUAAGAGAACACGUUCUAGACAUGAUGCUUCAUUUUAACAUUGCGGAGUCUCAUGGGGCAAUGAUAGACGAGACAAGUCAAGUGAGCGUGAUUCUGGAAUAUCUUCUUGAGAGUUAUCUGUUGUUCAGGUAA